AUGGCACUGCCGGCCCGGUUCAUGGAGGCAAUGACCAAGAGAAUGGCUCAAGAAAGUGGGCCGCCUGUAGGCGUUUCCUCAAGGCCAGCAGAAGGAGGCUUUGGAGCCUCUCGCACGUCCAAGACGCUCCCUCCGGGUACUCAGUCCGGUCAGGAACGAGGGAGCCCACAUCAUGAGCAUGGCGGAUUCAGUGUUCACGGUGUGCCAGUUGAAGGUGGCGUGAAGGCGGGCACCGGCAGCAGCAAAGUGGCUCUCUCUAUGUCGAAGUCCCAGAUGCAGGGGUCGCGAACUCUAGCGCGGGCCUCGAAGGCUGCAAUGCAGAGGUCGCGGCCCCCUUCGCAGACAUCCGCUGCGGCGCUAGCACGUGGCCCAUCUACUGUGCCCGACCGCCACGGUCCCUCGGACGGGCAACAGGUCAACCGAGAAGAGCAGGUGGAACGACUGAGGACGGCCAUUCUCCAGUCUCGCGUCGCCGCUGCCAGCAAACUCGGGGCUACCCUCGCUCCCGCGUCUCUCAGAAAACUCCUCACGCCUGAGGCGACGGACAGUGCGUAUGCGCACACCGGUCCUCCAGAGGCGAGCGGUCUUUCCUCUCGUCAAGUGCCGCAGUCCAGAACGCUUCCGCCAGCGCCAGAGCCAGAGGAAAAAAACCGUUCCUCCGCACCAAAAGCAACCCGCCAGGCUUCAGACACCUCCAAAGCAGCGGACUCCUGGCCUAUGCGCGUGUCCGCAGUUCCUGGUCUCGAAGGAGCUCCGUCCUCAGAGAUUCUCCGCCCCGCGCCCCGACCCGCCGAGCUCACGCCCGCGCCGGAGGCGGCCGCUGAAGCCGUCGCAGCGCCUGCGGAGCCCCAAGGCGGUAGCGACGCGCAGGAGCCCCCCCCAGCGGGAUCGGGGGCCGACAAACCUGCGAAGAAAGGCGGUUGGCUUGCUAAGGCCCGCGCAGCUCCGCCUCUGGCCGCGGAGACGGGUCUAAAGCAGCCUGUGGUUCUGAAAGUGACCAAGCGAAAGGCACCAGUGAAAGCCAAGAAAGCCGUGCUGAGGCGCGUGGCUUUUCCGGGGGCGAAACGCGCCGCAGCAGCUGCGGCUUCGGAGGAAGAAGACAACGAUUCGGAGCCAGAGCCCUUUGUUAGGAAAGACACUUGGGGAGCCCUGACCCAAGAACUCGCUCCCGGUAGCACUCCGCCGUUUCUGCGAAGUUGGUCGGAGGAGAGCGGCUCGAGCGCCGAGGAAGAUCUCAACCUCACAGGGUCUCACAUCUUUCCGUCGAUGCCAUAUCCCUUUCCCGCAGCCAGCAUAGGCGGCGAGAUGAGGGUAAAGACCACAGUCGAUAAAAUGUCCACAAUGGGCUCGGAAAACUUGUAUCGUGCUUUCACGACGAGCGGCCGGGGGUCGCUUCCGGCAUUGGGGUCUUUGGCGCAGCGCCCAGGAAGCCAGGCUUCGGCGGAAGCGCAGGUUUUGAAGCACGAAGUGGAGGAUGAGCAAGUGCCGUCUCGGCCUGCACUGACUCCCGCAGGCAGCGUCGCACCUCUCUCUGGCGCGUCCUCUCUCUCGGCAGGUUCUGAGGCCGUCGACGACCCCUUUAAGCGACCCGCGCCCGAAGAGGACAUUUCGCCGAUUCUGAGGGAGUCCCUUCAGGCCGCGCUUUUGCGGGAGGAAAGGCGGAGGCUCAUUGAGGAGACCGGAGGCGAAAAACUGGGAGAGUGGGAAGAGGAGGUUCCUCCACGCGGCGCACAAGGCUUCGGCCGCCGCCCCGGCCCGUCCGCCUCCUUACGGGAACAGGACAGCGCGGAAGAGGAUGGGGAAGCCGAGGAAGGAGAAGACGAGCUCUCCAGACCGCCGACCUCUGAGGCAGCCGACACCCGCCGCACACAGAAAAAACGUGUGAAACGCAAGAAGCAGGCUGCGGCCACUUCCACGAUCCAAGUCGAACCUUUCGUAGCCGAGCUCGCUGCAACGGAGGACUUUGACAGAGAGGCUAUGGUUCAGAUCGACCUGGUGCCGCCGCCACCUGAGAAAGGCCUUUCGCCGGCUGUCGAGCGGCUGCGGCAGGAGCGCGUUGAACUCGCGAGAUGGAUUCGUCGGCUCAGAGACGGGCGUACAGCGCAGAAAACCGGUCUGCGGCCGGAGGCCUAUGUGAAACCUGGCCAGCGCCGCGGCAUCUUUGAAGUCAACUUGACCGACAACUACCCUGCAGACACGUUUGAGCCUCGCCUCGAGGAGCCACUGGAGGCGCGCGGCGACCGCAUGGAGGAGAUGUUGAUCAAGGAUACGCAGAUGCCCAGCACCAAAGUCUGGCAGCUGGAGCAGACGUCGCGCAGACGGCUGAUGAAGAUGGCGCAGCAGCGGCACCACAUCAACCUGCUGCAGCGCGCCCUGCGAAAGGCGCGGAGGGAAGUACGCCAGGCGACGCAAGAGGGGCGCGGCGAAGAGGCUGACAGCGACGCGUCGAGCGACGACAGCGCGCCCUCGGCGCUAGAGGCGGAAAGAGUGAUUCUGCAGGAGCAGUGCGACAGCCUGAUAGACCGCGUGCGCCUCGAAACCGCCAACCGCGAAUCGUACAAACGUGCCAUGCUCCUUGCGCAGAGCCAAAAGGAACUCACCGCCGAAAAAUACAAACAACUGCGACGGCAACUCAAAGCUGCUUACACCGUCACCCGCAUGGAGCAGGCGAAGCAGGAAGAAAAGCAAGAGAGUAUCGACGACCUGAAGGCGCGGCUCGCCGAGAGGAAUGACGUCCUGCGGCGGGCUACCAGCACGAGUGAGCAGUACGAAUACGAGCUCUUGAAGCUGCAGCGGCGCUACGAGGCGCUGGCAAGCUACUUCCAGGAGUCGCAGGAAAAGGCGUCUUCGUACCAAGAAGGCCUGCGUGAGGCACAGUCCAGCCUCGAGCACGAGGUGGCGCUGCUGCAAAUCGAGAGGAACAAAACGCUGAACCUGAGCGAACGGCUCCGCGAGCAAGACGCCGCUAUUGAGCGCAUGGAGAUCGAGUUGCGGAUGGAGCGGGACAAGGUUCUUUCGCGGGAGAAGGCGAUCCAGGAGCUGCGCGACUCGCUCGCGGAGAAUUCUCAGCUUUUGACAGAGGCGCGGAACGAGUUGGUAGUUGGCAACGCGCAGCUGGAAGAAGAGCGUCGGCACCACAGCUCGACGCGCUCUCAAGUUCUCGAGCUGCAGGCCGAGUUGGCUGUCGCGCAGCAGUCGGUGGAGUUGCUAAAGGGCCAGAAGGCGAUUGCGAUGGAGCAGGAGGAGGCGUUCCAGCAUCUGCACCAGAAUUUCCUGCUGCUCCUGGAGUCCUCGCAGAAGCAGAGCGACGCCCUCGAGGACGCCAUCGAGGAGGUCGCACAGCGGAAAGACGCCGCGCUGCAGCUGCUGCAGACGGCGCUGGAGGCGAUCCAGCGAGGCAUCGAGUCCCGUGAAAAAGGACAAGACAUGGACGCGAAACUCCUGCUCGCCCAAAGCGAACUGGACGGGGCGGUCAGCCAGCUGCGACAGGAACACGCAUCAGAGCUGGCGUCGCUGAAUCGCGCGCAGUCCACCCUGGCGCAGGAGAACGAGAAGCACCGCGCGCUGGUGGACGAGCUGCGUCGCGAAGCGGAUCGCCACGCCACGGAGGUCAAGGCGCUGAGGCAGCAAGUCGAGGAAGCUCGGCAGCGCGAGGCGGACAUGCAGCUUGCUCAGCUGAAAAUGGAGAGAAAGAACGCGCGACUCGAGAAACGCGCCGUGAAGUUCUACUCGGCGCAAGGAAGAAGGGGAGACACCUCCAUCGUUCCAUUCCUCAAACGCAUGCAACAGGGAUCCCCCAUGGAAAAAGCCAACGUCGGCAAACGAAAAGUCACAAAGAAAUUUGUCAGGCUCACUAAGGACAUGACGAUUGUGUGGGAAGGCGGCAAGGAGGACGCUCUCGUCCGCUUCAAGCCGCCGAAGGCCAUUCGCGUUCAGGAUAUCGUCAGCGUCAGCUUCGGCACGGACUCGGCGGCGUGCCGCGCGCGGAUCGCAGCCUCAAAGAAAAGAGAGAUCUUGCCGUGGAGGUGUUUCGAAGUUCAAACGCCUGCGGCGUCGUAUCUUUUCACAGCCCCCACAGACGACGUUGCAGCUGCGUGGGUCGUCGGUCUCGGCCGCCUCGCUGCGGAGUGGACGGACGCCCCAAACAUAAAGACAGAAAGAGAGCUGUGCGUCAAGCGCACCAAGAUGAAGCUCCAGCGUCACUGCCAGAAAAACAAUAUUACCCAAAAACAGAUGUGGCUCCAGGCCAUCAACAGGACUCCCGUGCGCCGUCGCACGGAGGCGCGCAAGAUCCUUGCAGGCGCGCGUCGCGGCUAA